AUGGCGGGCCCGGGCGGUGCCGAGGUCGCCGGGGAUGUGCUGAGCGGCAGCAGCGAGCGGCGGUGCCGGGCGCGGCUGGCGGCGGGGGGCGCGGGGGGCGCGGCGGCGGCGGCCGCGGUGCUGGUGCCGCUGUGCUCGGUGCGCGGCCGCCCCGCGCUGCUCUUCACGCUCCGCUCCCGCCGCCUCGCCGGCCCCCACAGCGGCGACGUCAGCUUCCCCGGUGGGCGCCGGGACCCAGCGGACGGGGACGCGGUGGCCACGGCUCUGCGGGAGACGCGGGAGGAGCUGGGGGUGGCGGUGGCAGCCACCAGCGUCUGGGGACAGCUUCGGACGCUGCCUGACCGGCAUGGAAUGACCGUGGCGCCCGUCGUGGCCAACCUGGGGCCACUGGAGGCCUUGACACUGAACCCCAACCCUGACGAGGUGGAGGAGGUGUUCACCCUGCCCCUGGCUCACCUGCUCCGCGAGGAGAACCAAGGCUACACCCACUUCCGCACGGCCAGCGGCUACGGAUACACCUUGCCCGUGUUCCUCAACGGCCCCCACAAGGUGUGGGGGCUCACGGCCAUUGUCACCGAGCUGACCCUGGAGCUGCUGGUGCCAGGCCGCUACCGCAGGAAGACCCACGUGCCUCCCCGGAAAGCCCCGGGCUGAGUGGGGAGGGGGCAGGGGAUGGUUGUGGGGUCCCCAUGCAUGGAGGAAACAGCUCCGAGCCCAGCAGCGCUGUCGCACACUGUGAUUCAGUAAAAGCCAUGUUUGGAACUGC